ACGCUGGCCGGGUGCGCGCGGAGCCCUGCCCAUCUCACCCCUUAGCUGCUGGGGCCGUCGGCUGCCGGCAUUCGUCCGGGACAGUGGGACGCAGAGCCCGGGCCCCGUAGGAGGAAACCGGAGAGACUCUCCACCCCAUCCCAUCCCUGCGAUUCAAGAAACUUUCAAGGACCAAUGUACCCAAUAGCUCAUGGAAGAAAAAAAUCAUAUCCGAACAGCCUUGGUUUCCAAGUUACCGAAAUAUGGAACAAAAUCUUUAGGGAGCACCCUACAGCCAAUGCCAAAUAGGACAGCUGUUCUCUUGUCAGGGAAUUCUCAUUGCAGCAGUGGCAAAAAUUGCAGCAAGCACAAUGGCACUGUUCGUAUGUCUUCCUUUGCUUUUAGCUGGCAAAAAUCAAAUAAAUAUCAACUUGGUGAUCAAAGUGGUGGUGAGUCUAACUUUGCCCAGAAUUCUAAUGAAAAACUAGUUGAUUCUGAGAAGUAUUCUCCCUCUCAAGGUGGAUUUGGUAAAGAUGUGCUCCAGGUGGGUUUGAACAGCACCUCUUCAGUAGCAUCAAAAACAGCAAAGCAAGUCAACAUGUUUGUGUCCUCUACAGAAGAAUUAAACCAGAAGUCUUUGCCUGAACUGUCUAGUUCAGCAAAAUUCACCAAAGGUACGUUAUUUGGCAGGACUUCAUAUUCUGGACUCAGUACUCCAAAAUCACAUUUAAAUGGAUUUUAUGGAAAUAGGCCAUCUGUAGACUUGCAGAGAUGUAGAAUUAACUCCAAUGCCUCCAGGACCAGUUCAAGAGAGAGUUUGGCACAAUCCACAGACAGUGCUAAAUCUUUGUCCUGUGAAAAAAUGGUUAGAUCACAAAGCUUUUCACAUUCCAUUCAGAAUUCUUUCCUACCCGCUGCAUCCUUAUCCAGAUCACAUUCCUUUAAUAAAGCUGUAGAUCUUACAAGGCCUUAUCAAAAACAACACCUGGCUAUUAGAGCAUCUCAGAGGUCAACUCUGUUGUCAAGAAAUGCCCAACAGUUGGAUGCACCCAGUGGAGAUGAACCUUUAAGAUAUGGAUUUACCAGGCCAUACACUGCUAUAUCAACCUCUGGUUUAAGGAAGCCACCGGUCUCAAAUGGAUCCAGGGUAUCACCCUCUUUGGGGUAUGGAAUGGGUCGUCCUUCUUUACUGAAACCUACCAGACAGCAGUUUACUGGAAAGAUCAUUGUGGAUGACAGCAAAAGUACAAGUACUGACAUGUGCAUAGUGAAGGUCUCAGAGAUUACGGUAAAUGUCAAUGGAGCCAUUGAGGAAAAAGACAUAGAAAAUGACAGUCAAAGAACGGACUGUGGUGAAGCCCUUCAUGACAGUCUGGGGAAGCAUGGCUCUAAAGUCAUAUGCAUGAAUGACGAUGUGGAUGAAAUAUCCAUAUCUUCCUUGUCCUCUUCUGAGAAGAAUGACCUGAGUGAAGACUUUAGUGAUGACUUUAUAGAUCUAGACGAUUCAAAUAGAACAAUACAAGUGAAGCAAGAAGUCUCUCUUGAAGAGUUAGAGCAUGGAGGUGCAACACCAAUAGAUCCAGUCACUUCUCUCAGGGAAAGUGAAAGACCUCGUUGUAACACCGACGAAUGGCUAGAUAUAGAUGUUUCUGCAGUAGAUGACAAGAAUGAAAACACAAAACAUACUAUUGGGAACAACUUGAUUUCUCCAGACGUGGACUACAGAGCUGGCUCCUCUUUUGAACUUUCUCCAUCUGAUAGUUCCGAUGGAACAUAUAUGUGGGAUGAAGAAGGGUUGGAGCCCAUUGGGAGUGUCCAUCCAUGUGGAAGUUAUGAGUCUUCAGAAAUGAACAGCAUAGAUAUCUUGAAUAACCUUGAUUCGUGUGAUCUCGAAGAUGAUGAUCUCAUGCUUGAUGUGGACCUACCUGAGGACGCACCUUGUGACAAUGUGGACUGUGAAAAUAUGAAUCGUUAUGAUAGACAAGACAGAAAUACGCGACAGCAGCAAGAUGGAUUUUGGAAGAGGACACCGCAGCUUUGGAAUGCACAAGACCACUAUCACUUGGGCCAUGCAGGCCACUUUCCACAUGGUAAAAAUGACCUCAGCAGGGGCUCCAGCCACUUAGAGCCUGCUAUUGGUCACUUUGAAGGCUAUGGAGCACCAAACAUCUACCAGACUCCUAGACAGUUGGUGGGCUUACGGGAGAACACAGUGAUGCUUGAUGAAAUGACCCUUCUGCAUAUGGUUCAAGACUGCACAGCUGUAAAAACUCAGUUACUAAAACUGAAAAGAUUACUGCACCAGAAUGAUGAGAAUGUCUGUCUUCAGGACAUCCCUCUCUCAAUACCAUCAAGCCCAGAACCACAGGAUGUUGAGCCUAUAUAUAAGACUGAAGAUCUGUUAAAUGAGAUCAGGCAGCUUAAAGAAGAUCUGAAGAAAAAAGAUGAAACUAUCAAACGAUUAGAGCACCAGCUUGCCACUAGGUGUAACUGUCACAAAGAUGGCCAAAAUCCAAAAGGGACGAUGUGCACAUAUGCUGACAAAUUCACACAAACCUUCUGCAGGAGAAGUUCUCCUCAAGUACUACAGCCUUCCAGCAGCCUUCCCAGUUCCACAGACCUCGCCCAGGGAAAAUUAAUAAAAACACCACAUAUCGAGGCCCACAGUGAAUACCCUAAACAGGGCCUGCAUGAAAACGGUGAUCAUCACAAUCAAAAUGCUGCAAAUGGCUCUCACACAAAUAGCCUGAAUGAGUUGAACAUUUUACUGAGUAAACGUUUAAAUAUAAAAGACCUGAAUGAGAGUGAACCUGUUGAGGACAAUUUGAAGGUUAAAAAGAGUGCGAAAGAACCUGGAGAGCUGGCUAGUAAUAAAGAUAGUACACUACAAUCUCUUCCCUCUUCUUGUCAGACACCUACCCAAAUGGAUGCUAGAGAUGUGCAGACUAAGUUAGCUGCGAAAAGUCAACCUUCAUCCGCAAACCAGGCUUCUCAGCCAAAGACUUUAAGAGCUUCAGAGCCCCCAAACCAGAAUGCUUUAGUGCCUCCUUCAGUAGCCAAUACUGCAUCAUCCCCAAACUGCUCCACUGUUUCCAAGGCUGAGCUACCAUCACUAAGUAGUGCAACACAGCUACAACCAACAUCUAGUCAGACACACCUAAAGAGUAAACUGAGUCAGAGAAUUUCUAAACUUCGCCCACCAACUAUUUCCUUUGUUAAAUCUAAACAAAUAAGCAGCCCAAUGCUUAUAUCUCUGGAACCUCAGAACUCCCAUUCCAAGACUAACAUCCCAAGGCCGCUGGCACAAAGAAAGGAAAAUGUGCAAAAUCAGAAUACUGGUUUGCAUUCUGGGGAUAGUUUGGCCUCUAAUCGGCAUUCCCGCCUCCCUAAACCAAAGACACAUUAAAAACAUGGCAUCCAUAUGCACGUCUCAUUGGAAUGAAUCGUACAUCAAUUGCUUAGCACAUAUUGACUGCUUUAGUUAUGGCUUUGUUAUCCAAAUCCUGAAUGAAUAUUAAAAGUGGAAUCUGUUAUUAAUAUUUGCCUAUUCUAAUCUGACCUGUUUGGAAGUUGAUGCUAUCAAAAACUCUGCAGCUUCUCUUAAGAGAACAUAAUGAUUUAUAUUUAACUAUACCUGUGGCCUGCAUUAGCAACUUGAUUACAUUACCCUUCUCUCUCUCAAUACUUAACAAAUGUUGAAGCCUGUGAUGACCACUAAACACUUUUCCAAGGUGCUUCACCAAGCAUUUGAAGAGAGCAGGUUGCUUGCAGAAAUCAUUUCUUGUUUUUAUUAAUGUGGACUAUCAAACAAGGAAAUCACUAUUCAAUCUAAUCGUUUGGUUCUGACUACCAGUUAGGCUUAUAGCAGUGGAAAAUAAUAUAGAGACCUAAUCUAUUAGCAUAUCUUUUCCUGGUCAUAAUUUGACUCUCUAUUCCAGAGGCCUAUGCAAAAUCUUCAUAUUUGUCAAAAUUAUCUCAUGACUCUAGUGACAUGUAUUUAAUGUUCUUUUAAUCUAGAUUCAUUUUCCUACAGGUAUCAGAAUGUUGUUCUAUUUGCUUUUGAGCUCAUCUUCACCAUUCACAGAUGGCAAGCAGAUCUCACAGGGUGAAAUGGCUCUUAUUGCACAGAAAUAUCAAUCCAUCCAUGCAUUGUAGUGAAAGUGUAAUAUGCUUUUGUGUUAUUUAAUAGCCAUUAUUGGGUAAAUUUUUGAAACAAAGUGCUAAGGAUACUUGUGCAAAAACCUGCUAAUGCAGGUGCUUUUGAGAUGGCUCAUUAUGCACCUUGGAGAUAGAGGCUCCAUGACACCUAUGCUGAGAGUUUCAUAUCGUACGUUUUAAUUAAGAACUUUUAACUUUAUUGUAGUAUUUUUGUAUUUAUUGACUUCCUGUUUACUGUUGGAAGACUGUGAAAUAUCUGACUUGAAGUGUUUGCACAAAACCUGGGUGAGAUGUAGGGAUUUGAAAUAAUUUUACAUAAUAAAACUUUUUUUAAACUACUUUUUACUAAAACCCACAACUUUGCUUUGAGCAAUCCUAUGAUGUCAUAAUCAGAUCUGGUACUCUGAGUAUUUCAGAGAAGGAUACUUUUUUUUUUCUCCUGGGAAGGAACUCGUUGGGUAAAUAAAAUAAGAUAAGAUAUUUCUGCUCUCUCUGGGUAGGUAUUCUCUCUGAAGGUGGUCUUUAAAUAUUUGUCAGAUGGCAGCUGUGGGGGCAUAAAGUUUGUAAAUGCACACACUAUAGAUUAAGUGCAUAUCCAGCAAAGUGUUCCAAAAAUUUACCCUUGUAUCCCACAAAAUCAUAGCAUCUUGUUUUCUUCAGUUUAUGUGUACCUGAGACUCAAGCAGGAGAACACUGUCAGAAUUAGUAUUUUCAAAAACUUACUCUCCAGUGUGUAAUAAAACAGAGAAACAACACACAAUAACACUGUUUUCGGCCUUUGCUGAAGGAAGAUAUAUUACUGUACACUUUUCCAGGAAAUAUAUUUUGUAUGUAUACGUCCACAGGAAUCUUCAGUAAUAAACUUUGGCCCUUCUUAAGCCAAGAAUGGCUAUCCCCAGUGAAAAAAUAACAAGUGACUUAACUUUUGAAUAGAUGGAACAUGAACAAUGCAAGCAAAGUGCUCACAUUGUUCUCUUUUAAUCAGCAGUGAAGCAAAAGAAAUCCAUAAGUACACUUAGUUUAAUCUGUUCAUUUCCCAUUUGGUUAUACAGUUCUGAAAUAAAACCAACCACAUUUUUUGUUAAUUCAUAUAAAAAAUCUACUUUGGCAUUAAUAUUGCAGUAAUUGUUAUAUAAAUUGAUCAAAAUAAGGCUAAGCACAACACUUCUGUUAUAAUGAUUAUUAAGUUUUUUUUUUCUUUCUAGAAAGGUCCUGAGUAUCCUGUUUGCUGUCCAGAAGCAGAGUAGGCCUUAAUAUGUGAGGAGUAAAUAAAAUUGAUUUUGUAUAUAUUCAUAAAAUUAACUCCUGACAGUUGACUGUUUCUCCAGAGUUUGAAACUGCUGAUGAAAUGGUCAGGUUCUUGGUUCAUUUUCAGGUCUGUUUAGAUUUUUGUGGAAAUUUUGAAAGCUGACUUUCCUUAAAGGAAAGGUGAUUUUAUUUUUAAUGUUAUACAGUUUGUCUAUGGAGCAACUAUUUUCAUUUAAAGGAAUGCUGUUGGUGUAGAGAGAUUUCAGAAUGGGUUAUCUGACUCCCCUUUUCUUCCUCCCUUCCCCCCGACCAAGUUUUCACCAAUCUGAUUUACUUUUAAAGAGAUAGUAAAAUAAAUAAUGUUUUUUUUAAAUCUGCACUUUUACUGAUUUUAAGUUACAAAGAAAAGAGCCCAUCAAGGUUUUCAUAGAAAUACAAAAUGGUUUACGAUCAAAUUUUUUUUGCCAAAAAAAUUUGUUGUGGUUCUUCCUGUUUCUAUAGAAACUUUAAUAACAUGUAUCCCUUGAUGUGAAAAAUAUAUACACACACACACAUUCACACUCCCUUUUUUAUCCUAACAGACUAGUAAAUAAGAAAUGAAGCCAUGGGUAGCAGAGUUGCUAUAUGUUCAAGACCAUGAUGCUAAUCUAAAUUGUAGUUGUGUUGAGUUGAAAUUCUGUUAAACAUUCAUUCACCUAAACAUAAGUACAUAUUUCUGCUACUAUCAUGACUUUACCAAGGAUGGUUCCAAUGUAUGUACAGAAAGUCCAGAGUAUGGGGUAAAGCUUGUUAGUUCAUGAACAACUGAAAGAGAGGUAAUGAGGUGAAACUGAAGUCUCACUCCUGUGAAAGGGAAAAAAGUGCUGGUGCUGUAUGGAACUCUUCAAGUCUGAAAUGAAAGAAGCUACUUUAUUUAAAGGUGGAGAUGUUUCAUCAGUUGUGGUGUAGAUGAUUCUAAAUGAAUAAAAUUAAGGGUUAAAUGUAUCUGAACUUUUUUUAGGUUUCUAAAAUUGGUUAUUGCUGACUUUUUCAUCCGUUUCAGGUCUCAGACAUUCUUCUGUGCAGUACUCACAAAAGUAUUAAACUACUGUUCAGUAUAUGUGUAUAAAGAAGAAACAAAACAUAUUGCAUAUUUUAACAAGUGAAAACACAAAAGGAGAAGAAAAAAUAAAUUGCACUUUAAAUGAGCUUUAUUGCUUGGAGUUGUGCCUAAAAUAAUCUAAAUGCCUCCUGUUGUGUGUGGCUUUUUUGUUUGAACAUAAUUUUCCUGAAAGCGUUGCUGUUCCAAGAUAAUCUUUAUAUCACCUAACAGAAUUAAUAUACACUCUAGCAUGUAAGAAUAUCCAUAUACGGUAGCACGUUUUCAUUGUAUAUUGAUUUUAUUUUUUUAAUCAUGGAAUUUUAACACCAAUGCAACAAAAACCCUUUCUCCCACCCUCACCCGGUACUUCCUUAAUCCCAUUUGAAGUCAAUGGCAAAACUUUUAUGGGACUAAUAUUUAGCCCUUGGAGAAUAAUGUUCCUAGAAUAUAUUGUGGAGAUGUUAAUGAAGAACCAUAUGCAAUACUAACCCAGGGGGCUGGUGAAAGUUGUCAUUUACCAUAGUCGCUGAAAGUCUUUUCACACUGUUCAUAGAAAAAUGGUUCUAGAGUUCAAAAUCAGACUGCAAAGAGGUUCAACUAGACUGCAUCAUAGAUCAGUAAAAGGCAGUCCAUUUUUGGUCUUAAUUGCUGACUUAUUGUAAAGAGGCUAGAAGAGUUGAAUACCAUUUGAGUGGUUUAUUUUGUUAUUUGCAUGUUAUUACUCUAAGACAUCCAUAUACUGGUUUAUUUCAUGUGGGGGGUGGGGAAAGUUUCUGUUUUUGCACAGCACAUAAUACUCUUAAUAGGGACAUUCUCAUAACAUUAAAAUGGAAAUCCACUCUUGAAUUGGGCUUCCAUGGCUGUUCUUUUUCAUCUCAUAGUGGCUGGCACAAAGGAGAGUGGAUUUUAAUAGAUGAUCAUGUUGGUAGGCAUGAGUUUAUUAACCUACAACCAUGCCAUCAAGGAAAUUCAAGAGUACUUCAAUCACUGUUGUGGUAAAGCUGCUCACUGCCUACUUAAAGCACCACAAUAAAAACAACAUUAACUCAAGUGUUGGUAUUUAAAGUCUUAAAUUCAGUAUUAUCUACAAAAAUAUCCUUAAUAUCUACAGUGUUGGUUUUCUUAGUUUUAUUUUUUAAAACCAGUUCAGAGAAAAUACUGUAUAUUGGAAUUUGCUUGUAAAGUUGAGUUAAAAACCUGUAUGUAAAGAUUCUUUCUUUGUGUUGCACUA